AUGUUCACUCGAUCUACAGGAUACUCUACCAAUGAAGAUAUGCUAUUAUGCCAAGUUUAUUUAGAUGUUUCUAAAAAUCCAAUAACGGGUGUACAUCCAUCUAGAGAUCAUUUUUGGGGUCGAGUGGAAGAAACAUACAAUAAUGCAAAGGAUGAAUGUUGGGAGUAUCGCAACAGAAGAUCGGUGGAAUGUCGAAUUAAAGUUAUUGAGAAGGCUAUAAGAAAAUUAAAUGGUUGUGUACGUCAAGUUGAAAAUUUGCAUUCUAGUGGUGCUUCAGAUACAUAUAUUAUUAAUCAAGCAAAAUGUUUACUUAUGCAAGAUCCGAGCUACAAAAAAGGUUUUAAAUUUGAUCAUGUGUGGGAUAUGUUGAAAGAUUUUGAGAAGUUUAAAAAUGUCGAUCUUUGGAAGAAAAAAAGUGAUUCCACAUCAUCACAACGACCUAUUGGGCUGAAGAAAGCAAAAUUGAAGAGAAAAAUCGAUGAAGGUUUUUCAUCUGCUAUGCAAAUGGUUCAAUCAAAAAAUAAUCGGCUUGUUGAGUUGUUGGUAAAGUCAAGUGCUGAUAGGCAACAAGAUAUGGAGAUAAAAGAUAGAGCUUUGAAAGUAAAAGAAUUUAAAGAAGAAAAUAAAAUUUUAUUGUCGAAUUUAGAUUCUAUUGAUGAUCCAAAUAUUCGUGAAUUUAUUCGACAAGAACAAAAACGAAUAAUGGAUAAAAGAAGUCAAUAA